AUACUUAUGCAAUGGCCGUGCUCGAAUAUAAAACCAGCAACUUCUGGUUUCAAUUGAGCGUUCAACAAGAACCUUGUCUCCUAUCUCAGCUUCUUAGAACAACAGCUUCAUUCUAUGAUUAUGCAUGCCUCUAGUAUCCUUCCUCUCCUCCUUUGCGCAGUUUCUGCCGCUGCUGCCCCAGCCCCCAAUCAAUGGUUCGCCGGUUUCUACGCCGGGCACCAGUGCGGCAGGGACAUGGUAUUCAGUCAGGCUAAUACCAAGAAAACCGGUUGCCAAAAUAUUCCUACUCGUGUCAAUGUCCACGCUGCUCAGGGCAAAUCGGGCCCCUUCACCAUGACGUUUUACUCGCAGGGGAAUUGUAUAGAGGGUCACAGGAUAUAUCAAAUCAGCCAUGGGGAUGCAUGUCUUAGUACUCAACUAAACUUUCCUGGAUUCAAAUCUUUAGGGUUAGUCGUUUAUCGUAAUGUAGGCGGGUGGGAUUGAGAGACUUUAGCUGAUAAAGCUUUGGUAUAUAGGUUAAAUAAGCGGGAUUGUGCCUUCGUAUUGAUUCAAGCAAUCGCCCCAUUGGUUUCUCGAGGCUUUUUCUGU